AUGAAUGUUCUAGCAGUACUGUGGACAGUGUAUUUACUAGGUCUCUGCAACUGUAGAGAACCAAGUAGUCUCCGUAAAGAGGUUGUAGAUCUCGUCUUUGACCUCUCUUUUCCAGACUCUUCCUUGGUUAGGUACUAUGAAAGUACUGCAGAUGGAGUAGUCUACCAAUCAUUCUUCCCCAAGGGACAACUAUUCAGCAAGGUAGUGGAUGGUGGAGCUACUCUCUGGGAGGCUAAAGGAGAAGAGAGAUGCGAUGUACUAUUCUCGAAUGUUGGUGAUAGAACAAGAGCCGUUCUCCAUGUAUGGGCCAAUGGUAUAGACUCCAAGAUGAUGCAUUAUGAGAAACUAGACGGAGAAUGGAAGCUUGAAACUGUAAGAGUUAAAGGUCGCCCAGUGUCAGAGAAGCCUGCAGAAUCUAAUGAUGAGCUUAACUUUUCUAGUCUCGGGUGUCCAUUGGGAGGAUCCUCAGGUUCAGAGGUUGAAGAUGAAGAGUCUACCAAAUCUGAACCUUCACUAGGAGACACUGAUAAGGCGCCUAAAGAUGCUCAACCUGAGGAAGUAUCUAAAGAAUUUCCUGAAGAAGACUCUGGAUAUGUAGAAUCCUCUGUUGUUGUUCCUCCUAAACAUGCUGACGAAGAACCUAAAACUAGUGAUAUAGAAGUUGUUAAUAAUACUGAUAAACCUGAUGCUUUACCAGAGUCUAUAGUAGAAGAUGAUGUAAAGGAUUCUGAACCAGUUGAGGAUGAAGCCUCAACAGAAGCCCCUCAGGAUGUUAGUGCUAAUGAUGGAGAACCCACUACUACUACUCCCGUAACUCUAGACCUCGCCACUCCAGAUAAGUCAAAGCUGGAUGUGCAUACAGAGACUGAAUCCGGAGUACCUCUCAAGACAUAUUCUCCAAAGGAUGGUUAUAUUACCUCAGUUGUAGAGAACGGAGCCCCUAUUUGGACUUUCUCUGAAAAUGAAAAGUGCCUAUUUGUAGCGUCUUACGCCAAGGAUGGAGUAACAAUUAUUCGCCUAGGGACUUCAGAUGAAAGUAGUGGUACUAAAUCUAAGCAUUUUGAGAAAGUUAAUGGAACAUGGAGUGGAAUUGACAUAAACGCCUUUGAUAAAAAGAUUGAAGAGAUGAUGGGAGAAUCUUCAGGACCAGAAGAACCUUUAAAUCCUCUCUUUGCCAAGCUAGAUACCUCCCUAUUUAAUGUAGAAGAUUCUGUUGAAGAUGCUGUCAAAGUCCUCAAGCUCGAAGCUAAGGCAGGUGUUACUGCUAACAAGCUCACUUAUGGAGAAGAUAAAGUUUGGGAAGAUAAAAAGAAAACAUGUUCCUCAGCAUUGCUCUACAUGGAUGGAGAGAAGGCUAUUCUCGCAAUUGUUGAUGUCCAGGAUACUAAGAAUGGUAAUAAGAAGGUCUAUCAGUACCUCGAUGGUAGUAAAUGGAAGAACCACAAGGAGGGUAAACAUAAGAGUAAGCUAGAAGCUCUAAAGAAAAAAUGCGAGUCCAAACCCGAAAAAACUCAAGAAACCCCUCAGUCAACUGGACGAGCUGACGGUUCCGCUCCUAGCGGACAUUCUGGAAAUAAGAAGAAUAAAGGUUCUCAAUCAACCAAACAAACAAAUUACCUACCCCGUACGUACCGGAUUGUUAUAUGUGCGUGA